GCUGCAUGCAUAGGAAAGCCAAGAGAAAUGCCUCGGGGAGGGAUUUCUUGCUCCACAUCUUUCUUGUGCUGAGGGCCCCAGACCCGGAUGCAGUACACCCGAUGGAGACCUGCAAGGGCAGAGUAGAAGGGGACAAUCAUCUCGCUCUCCCGGCUGGCCACUGCUCGGUUGAUGCAGCCCAGGGUGGCUUAAGCACAGCAGUGGGGUAUCCGCUGGACACAGUGAAGGUGAGGAUUCAGACCGAGGGGCAUUACAAUGGCAUUUGGCACUGCAUUCAAGAAACAUACAGGACAGAAAGAGUUUUGGGAUUUUACAAAGGUGUGUCAGCAUCAGUCUUCACAGUGUCGCUGAUCUCUUCUGUUUCAUUCGGCACAUACAGAAACUUCCUUUGUAACAUCUGCAAGCUGCGAUACGGCACAGCUGAUGCCAAGCCAUCAGGGCUGGAUGUUUCUCUGGCUGGAGGUGCUGCUGGUGCUGUGCGGGUUGUUCUUAUGACACCCAGUGAAGUAGCUAAAGUUCGGAUGCAGACCCAGAGGAACCCCCAUCCCUCAGUCACAUCCUCCCAGCCUCUUUCCAAGCCGAAGUAUAGAGGGUCUCUGCACUGCCUGAAGGUGAUUGCCAAGGAGGAAGGCUUUGGGGGUCUCUACAAAGGCUGCUCUGCAUUGCUGUGCAGGGAUUGCUCCUCUUCUGCAAUAUAUUUCCUGACAUACUCUUCUCUCUGUGACUGGCUCACACCAGCUGGGAAAAACAAACCGGGUUUCCUGGUUGUGCUGCUCUCUGGGGGCUCUGCUGGAGUGCUGGCCUGGGGCCUGGCUACUCCCUUGGAUGUCCUCAAGUCGCGGAUGCAGGUGGAUGAGUCGGGACAGCAUAAGUACAAAGGCCUCAUCCACUGUGCGAGAGAAAGCAUCAGACAGGAGGGGCUCAAAGUGCUGUUCAAAGGCCUGGGUUUGAACUGCAUCCGUGCCUUUCCUGUGAACAUGGUGGUGUUUGUCACGUAUGAAGCUGUGCUGAGGUUUACAGAUCAUUUUGCAAACAAAAAAUAGCUGAUGUAGCUCUAGCAAGAAGUAUAUUUUGUUCAGUUUGGUUUUGUAGCCCAACACAGACACACACUGAGCUCUCCACUGAUGGUCAGCACAUGAAGCAGGGGCAUUUCGGCACAGCACCUGUUGACCAGUGGCCUCAUUUCCCUCUCAUAGGAUUACAUACUCAUCAGGGAGGCUUGCACUUGUGUACAGCCUCCCUUUUAUCUUGUUAAUGUAUUUAGACUGUAGCCACUGCUUAGGCCACUCAAACGUGCGGUAUUUAUGCUCCAAAAGGCUGCUGGUCUAAGCUGAGAUUUUGGUAAAGAUUUAAAUUUAAUUUGGUAAAGAUUUAAUUUCGUUUUCUACCAGCACAGAAAAAAAAAAAUCCUCACUACCGAGGCAGGAAUCAAGGGUUUUGUGUACAAUAUAACACUGUACAACACAUUCUCCUUAUAUGUAAUGCGGUAAGGUAUCCACUGAGCACUCUCCAUAUGUGUGCUUCCAGCCCAAGCAGGCAGGCUGUUCAGUCCCAGCUGUAAUUUUGCCCAAGUGCUCUACAAUUACACCCCUUCUGUAGAGGCUGAAAUAUGAAUCUCUUUCUUUUCCAUUUGUUCUUUUAAUGAGUGGCAGACAUUGUCUCUUUACACAAUCAUUCAAUGGCCUCGCUGAAAGUGAAAACAGGCAUCAAUUCCCAUAAACCAUGUGAUUUCUCAUCAGCCAUGGACCUUUCAGUCCCUUCUGGUGGCAGCACCUCAUGCCUGAGUCCAGUCAGAACGUCUACAUCCUAUUCCUGUCCCACAGGGAGGGCCGGAAAAGAUGCAAAAAGCCCUUACUUCUCAAAAGGAAGACUGCCAUAAAAUCUGUGCACUGGGAGAGUAGGUAAUUCACAGAAGAGUUGUUAAGUUGUGUAGCAUAAAUGAGAUUUUCUACUUCAAAAAAGUUCAUACUCUUCUCGCUUUUAAAUGCACUGUCAGGAGUAGCCAAAUGCAGCGGCCUUUAUUCUCCCCCUGGAGGUACAUUUUAACGGAAUCCAGCUUUCCUAAACAUAUAUAUAUAGUCACAAAGAUGUGAAUUUUCAUAAACAACAGCUGAUUUUUUUUUUUUAAUACUGUUUUUUAAGGAAAAGCACAGAAAUACUUUGAUUGUUGAUCCUGCCUCAGGAGUAACACAGAUGUUUUUAUUUCCAUGUUUCUCCCUGAAUGGUGACACCUGGAACAGAGUGGAUUUGCUGAAAGAGUGCUUUUUUGGGAGGGAAAGAGGAAGACUGCUUUUUAAAGGAGAUCUCUUAGGGCUGAUAACCUUCUGGCCCCCUUUUCCUAGCAUAGACUUGGCUACACAUACAGUAAUUUUGCAGCACGUAGGACUUGGCAGCCACCCUGGACAGGGAAGAAUUAAUCUUCUACUGAAAGAACAAGAUCAGAAAUUUCAGAUGCUCCUAGGAAAGAAUAAAGGUGAUUUCUUUCAGAGAGAAACUAGUAAGAAAUUCCAGAACUAUCCUCCUGAAACCUAAGCCUUCAGCUCGCUUUUUAAGCUGCAUCAUGGCCACGCUAUCAAACUACUCUCAGAAUGUUUGACUCUCGUUACUCUGUUAAUCUCUCACAUGUGAUCCAAGAGCAGCCUUAAGAUACUAGACAGGUGCCGAGCAUGGGGGGUGCUUGAAAGAUCCGGCACGGAAUCUGGUCCUAUCCCAAAGUGCGUGUGGCCCCAAUAACCUGUGACCCACGCUUAGAGCUUUAGGGCAUCAGCUCCAGACCUCCUUUGGUUUGAAAGUCCUUACAAGAGAAGAUUUAAUUAAGUCCUCAAGAUUUGGAAUUUCUCUUAAGACAAAUGCUAAGAGACUUCUAUCCUCACCUCUCUACGAGGGAUGUGUCUGGCUGAGGGUUGUCCCAGUAGGGUACUCACUCAUCCCAGCCCUGUCAGAAUGUUUUCUGAAACCAAAUUCCUUUAUAGAGAAUUAUUCUCAGCUGACCUUACUUCUCAAGCAUUACAUCCUGUGAACAGACAGCAAAAUAUAUAGCUGUGUCUGAUACUGUCUGUGGUCAGCCCAAGGCUUGAAAAGAAAGUCUCAUCAAAAGUAUCCCAACCUUUCCCAAUAGCUUCAAGCAUUCAGAUGACUAAACAUGUCUCUUGUGGUGGGCAUAACUUACACACAGCUUGUUUCAAGAAGCACGAAUUACAGAUGAAUUGGAAAAUUAGUGGGCACAGGUGUGGAAGCCAGUGAGAGGAGUUGAGAACAGUGAGUCUCUUCUAGGUACUCAGCAUUGCAAAAAGCAGGUUCUCCUGGGGCAGAUAAAUACUACGUGAGAGGUAAGUUGUAUCUUUCCCAUCUUAUCAAUUUAUUUCAAGAAUCUAACUGCUUGCACUAUGUGGUGUGCCACAACUCCUUACUGGAAAAAAAGAAAACAAACCCAAUAUACCCAGGGUUUGACUGAUGAUCUGCUGUAAGACAAGAACUCACAGUAAUUUAUAUCAAGGUGAAUUAGCCACCAGGCAAAGGUACUGAAUGUACAAGUACUGUAAACCUAGGCAUGUAAAUAAGAACCAACUUUUCUUUAAUGAUGUGACAUGGUGUUUAUAUUGUGUACUUAACUCCAUAUGCAACAAGUUGUUUGCCUUGUAGAUUUCAGAACUUGGCUGCUCUAUUUUCUGAUUACUUUGUAUUGCCUUGACCUUCAGCUUCUGUAUUUGUUGCUCUGAUAAUCACAGAACGAUUUCUUCUGAUACAUUAUCUAGCCAAAGGCCAGCCAGCAGAAUGAAGACACCAUAUAGCUUUCUGCAGAGACAAUUUCUUUCAGAAACAAACUUGCUGGCCUUGAAUAAAGAUAACUUUCUUUAGAAGGCACAUACAGCUUCAUGUCACUGAUAGGUCCUGUUUUUUGUUUAAGAAUAUCCAGGUACGUUUCAGUGUGCCUCUUUGUGACUGGCAGAGUAAUGUGAAGCUAUUCACAAUCCGUGUUCCUUGGCAACUGCAAUGGUGGAGUCACAUUUAAGUGUUUUUUGUCAGACCUAUGGAAAUGUUGCUGUAAUAGGUCACAUUGACCUCUCUCUAUUUCUGAGCUGGUUGCUGCACAAGGAAAUUCAACGUCCAGUGUUGCAACCUGUUAAUCUUCAGAGGACUGACCCUCAUUACCUUGCUCUGGCAGCAAUAUGGAGUUUACUUGUUAAGACCAGAUAAAUGGGGUUAUAAGGCACUCUGUUUCACUGUUUGAAAGGCACUGGACAUCAAAACAAUGAUCAACUCCUUGUGAUGACUGAACAAUAGAGAAAGUGUAAAUGAAGCCUUUUAAAAGUUAAAUAAAUCCAAAAAAAAAAAAAAAACCAAAACAAGUUGGAUAGACUUUUCACUGCGUGUUUUUUUUUUUUUUAAUUAUUAUUACAGUGAGAUUAACAAAACAUGAACAAGUUGAGGAAAGCGUAAUGAACAUUGAUUGAUAACAUUUCACCUGUACGUUUGAGGACUACCUUGACUUAACCUUUAAAUAUCUGUGGGAUGUUAAUUAUAAUUACACCGGAUUUAAGCAUUUAUCAAGACUCUGAGAAACUCUGUCAUUUCAGAAGCACAUUUUGUAAGUACUCAUGAGGGUACUUGAGUCGUGUGCUUGCUCAGUAUUAAAUUAAUUUUGCAAUCAUUUUCCCCUCUAAAACUUUGGAAUAAGAUUUUAACUGCUGUGUUACAAAAGUAAUCCAUGUGCUUAGUUAGAAGAAACAGUAAUGCGUUCUAUUCUACAGCACGUUUCCCCUUCCUGAAUAAUAACUACAAGUUUGGUUAGUGAAAUACAUCUUGAAGGACAGAUCUGCAUAUAUCAUUUCCAAGGAGAAAGUUUCAUGACAAGUUUGUAAAAAGCCCUUUAAAAGUCAUUAAGUCCUAUGUUUUGUGUAUAGUUUAAAGAUGGAGAAGAGCAGAUGACAAGAACAGGAAGGUCAUCAUUGAAGUCUAUUGUAAAUACAAAUCAGUUUAUUUACUAACAUCCAUAAGAACCUCUCCCUAUGAAUUGCUCCACUGCUUAAAACAAAACAAGUGUUUCUACUGAUUGUUAAAAACUUGUCAGUGUUAAGAUAUAAUGCCCAUGGGUUAUGGAGAGGUAGUGGCUGGUAAAUGUUUACUUUAAUACAUUAAAGUCCAUGACAUUAGAUAAGUGGUACCAGGUUACAUAACCUGUAAAAAUAGGACAAAAGCUAAACAUUGCUUUUCAGCACACAUUUGCAACGUGCAAAACAGGAGCUUACAAACAGGAGAAAGAUUGACUUUUUUACACGGGCAGAAACAGACAGAACAAGGGGGAAUGGGGAGAUUGAAGUUAGAUAUUAGAUGGAAAUUCUUCAUUCAGAGGGAGCGUGGCACUGGCACAGCCUGCCCAGAGAAGUUGUGUGUGUCCUGUCUCUGGAGGCACUCAAUGCUGUGAUGGAUGGGGUAUGGGAGAGCCUGAUCUGGUGGUUGGCAAACAGCCCGUGGCAGGGGGUUAGAAUUGGAUGAUCUUUAAGGUCUCUACCAACCUAAGCCAUUCUAUGAUGAUUCUACAACUAAGCUUGUUUGGCUCUCCCUUCAGUCCCUUGCACAAAUAUAACAAUAACAGGGUUACUUCAUAAACAGCUUGGCACACACACGUUUACAUCUCAGAAAUGCACGUUAAUGCUGGAAAGGAUGCUUAUGUGGUGUUACAGAACUACUACAGGUGGGAAGGGAGAAGCUCCAGGCAGGGCAAAGAAUUCAAACAUACUACCAGGCUGAUCAAGUUCUCUUGAAGCCACUAAGAACUUUCACCCUUGCAACUUCUCCUCAAGUGCCAUCAGCUGACUUCAAAGGUUCACAGACAACAGAUACCAGCUGACUUUGAAAUGGGUUGAGAUCAAGUCAGAUAGAAGACUGGAAAGAAUGAGUAACACAUGAACACGUGAUUUUGAAGCUAAGCCUUCAUCUUUGUCAGGACACAGCAGAACGCCCUUUUAUCUCUUCCAGCUCCCACUUGGAAAAGGUGUUUGCAGGAAUGUUUCACACACAUUUUGAUAUGCUACCAUGAUGCUUGAACAGUAAAUUACACAAACAAGUGCAGGAAAAACAAAUUAAGAAAUAUGAUUUUCUUACUUGAUCAAUAGCACAUGGGAUAAGACACUGAAUGUUCUCCUUGCCAUUGAAGAUCUGUGGAAAUGAUGAACUGAAGGAUGGAGCAGCUUGAAUAGCAGGAAAGCUGAUCUUCCCUAGAAAACAAGAAGUUUGGAUACGAUAGAGAAGUUUGCAAAGACAUUUUCACCCACUGCCCCUUGUUCUGUUGCUGCAUGCAACUGCAAAGAGCCUAGUCAGAUCCAUUUGAGUUCCCACACUUUAGGUAUUUGUAAACAGUGAUUAAAUCCUCUCUUAGUCUUCUCCAAUGAGACAGUAACCUGCAAUGGCAGUGAAGCAAAUGGAAGAAAGAACUACCUAGCACUACAGUAAUUAGGCUUUUGAGCACUCCUUAUCUUUUCUCACGUAUGUAUACGUGUGUGUAUUAAUAUAAGCUUUUUUCUGAAGAGAAAAGCUUCUAUAUAGUUUUGUAGUAGAAGUUUCUAGAAAGCAUGAUUGACUAUAGCUAAAUAGUUAGAAAAACCAGGAAUGGUUCCUGGUCAUUUCAACUUUUGUGUUUUAUACUUUGUUGUUAGUAAUGCUACAACCUAGAAAUGUUAUUGUCAAGUGUUUUCUAUACUGAAGAAACUACAAUAAAAUUAUCUUAGAAUCAGCCUGGAAACUCGAUCUUGCUGUUCCCAUCUGUUUCCUGAGUGGCAGAUACCAGUCUCUGAAUAGGUACAGAAAUAGUGCCAGAGAAAGUGAAACCAAAGAUCAUUUCCAGUAAACUGUAUUAUUUCCUACCAAUGCAAUCACUGUCAGUAAAGCCAAAGAUUCCUUUCACUUGGUUAAAUGUAACAUGCUUCUGAACUUUGAUUAUAUUCUUGUAGAAUCCUGUACUUGACCUGUGAGAAAGAAAGUGGAAAAAUAAUAUGAGAAGCCAAGAGCAGGACGGAAGUUUUCAUUCAUUCAAAGCUGAGAAUGUCACAAAGCUGGCAGGAUUAAAUCUCUCAAAGCACUAGUUUGGUCUUUUUGUGGUUCACUGAGAUGAUAAUUAGAGGAUUAUUAAAAGGACACUUAAAAACAACUUUUUCUUGCCUGGAAAAUUUUACUGUGUUUUUCCCCAAAUAUUUACUAAAACAACUUUUUUUUUUUUUUUUUAAAUCAGAUCUAAUUAUCUAAAACUAGAACUAUUUUGAUUUGGAAACUGAGCCUCAUGGAUUUUGAAGCUGAAUUAUCUUUAUGCCUUUCAGUGAACUCAGACAACCUGACUGGAUCACAUUUCCUGUGUUGCUUGGUAUCCCAGUGCUUCACUAAAGCAAUAGUAGCUCAAAGCUAAGUUCCCUGUCUUCCAUUAUCACCAAAUACAUCAGCAGCUUUUCCAAAUGAAAUACAGCUCAGCAUCUUCUCCAUUUUCUUAGUUCUACUGGAAAACUGAAGCAAUAGAAAUGGCAGGUCUAACUGGCCAUUAUUCAGUCACAAGGUGUUGUGUAUUGUGUAAUAACUCUGUUAUUUACAGUACACAUGUAAAUAAGAUGUUGAGUAGCAAAAAAAUCAACAAUUCUACUUUAAGUAUUGUAAAACUUCUAUUGAAGCUCUCAAACCUGCACAUGCUUAUUAAAAGAAAUACUGCUGGCUAUUCAAGUUGGAGAGAAAAUGCAAAUACAUUUUUGAUUUCAGUGCUCUACAUAAAUUUCAACUUACCCCAAGUAGUCUAAAUCAGAAAAGAUAAAGGUUUUAUUGACAUCAAAACCACAUGCAAUAAUAUCUCUUGCAUUUUCUUUAGCAUAUUCAUAUGCUUUCUCAGUUGUCAUAUCCUUCCAAAGGUACUUCUCAUCAUCAGUUAACUGUAUAACUAAUGGAACAUCAAAUGCUUCUUGCAGCCACCUAAUAAAAGCAGGAAGAUUUUAUUUUAGAAUAAGUAGAAAUAAAGACAUUUUUGCUAGACAGCUAUAACUAUUUUAAUACAUUUUAAACAAAAGGAUAUACAAAGGACUGCACCAUAUGCAGUUACUUAACUUGAUGUGAGCAAACGUAAACAUUUUAUAUAGAUUAUAACGACAACUUACCUGGAAAAAAGACUCACUCACUGUUUUCUGUACAUAUGUUAUGAUGCAAUGGGAGUAGAAUUUAGAGACUUUUUGGCUCAGAGUCCAAUAUUUUUGUAUCCUGCUUCUACUGCAGGUACCACCGAAUACAACCACCUUGAGUUUCAUUACAAACUUAGCUUAAGAGAAGCAGAAGUUUUAGGAACUGCUGUGGAGGUACAGGUGCAAAGAAGGCGGCUUCAUAGUGACAGAGGGAUUAGGUUAUUUUAAUACCUGUGUUGCUUAAGUACAUCUAUAUUUAUCUCAGAGAAACGGAACUACUUGUAAUGUAUCAUUUUUGUACUUCCAUGAACAGCAGUCAACGUUUCCUUAGGAAAAAAAUGGUUUUGAAUAAUACUGAUGGUAGAAAUAGCUUACUUUGUGAAUAAAAACGGGAUAAGAUGACCAACGUGCAUUGCCUGAGAGGAUGGUCCUCUGCCAGUAUAAAGGUAAAAGGGCUUCUUAUUUUCAUAAGCAUGAAGGAUUUGGUCCAUAUCUCUGAAAAACAACAAAAAACACAAAUAGAAAAAACGUGACUGAACUUAUUUGAGAAGUGCUAGCUGCUUUAGGCCAAAAGUCCAUGCAUGUUAACAAAUAAACCAUAGAGAACUUGCAGGCUGUUGUUUAGUAUUACUCCCUGAGCCUUUUUUAUGUGAUAGUAUAGAUGUACAGAUGUACAGAUCCAUAGGUCACGCGAACCCUUGCUCAAAUAAGCAGAGCUUUGAAGCAUAUGAGCCCUGGUAUUCUUUGCUAGGCCAUCCAGCCGUUAACAUCCUGGGUCAAAAUGGAACCUGUACAAAGCAAAGAUUCCCUGCCCAUUUCUCUUUCCCUUUGGGAUUAGUGAAGGCAUAAAAAAAUUGACGCAUGAGAACAAAAGAGAACAAAAUUAGAACCAAAGAGAACAAAAUGUUUCAAAUGUUGUCAGAGUAGACCUGGAGUAGUUGCUAAUUGCAAAUUACAGUUGCUUUAUCUGGUGUAAAUGAACAUGGUCUUUUGCUGGUCACAGGUUUCUCCCAGUAGUGUUUAGAGAUAGUCUUAAUAAUUUGACAUUUUUGACUUUUAAUGAGAAAGUCUCACCUGUGAGAAAAAAAGAUUCCUCUCCGUAGAAAUCGGUGAGGUUUUUGCCCAGUAGCUCUUUCUAUUCGAUUGAUCAGAUCUGUAUCGAUUUUAGUGCUGCCAAACCGAACUAAAAUAAUAACGUUAAAAAAAAAAGAAAUAGAAAAUUAGCACAGCUAAAACAGAUCUUUUAUUAAUCUAUGCAGCCUAAAUCAAAAAGAACACCUUCUUAACAUCUCAGGUAAAAUGUAAAAUGGCUACAUUUUCCUGAUUUUUUUCCCCCCAGUCCCAACUGUAGUCCCUGAUGUUAACUGUAUGCUAGCAGGCCCAGUCUAAUCACUACAUCCCCGUUUUGCUCCAUCCAUGAUUGAUUCUAACAGCAGUUUUCUUAUAGCAGAACUGUUGUUAUUCCGAGGAACAUAAUUAGAUCAAUAAAUGGGCCUCUGUAUAUCAGGGGAUAAAAAUGGCUGUACGGAAUUUAAUGUUCCUUUCUCGAUAUUUAAAUUUUCAGCCUUCCAAUCACGUUUUCCACUUUUCAAACCUAAAUGCUCUUCUCCAAACUUUAUUCCCUAUUUGUAUCGACAUGAUUACGGACACUGCUCCCCUCAUGAGGCUCAAAAAGGUAAUGCAUAGUUCUCUUCAUUGCAAUCAAGUAAGACUUAUUACCAGGUGGUUUAGGAAAUCAGCUGAUUAAAAUAAAACAUUUUCAGAUGAAGUCAUUUCAUUUAAGAAAGGUUUUAUCAGACUGAAGUAGCAACAUUUUUUUUUUCCCCUAUUGCAGAUGAAACUGGGGAAUUGCCUUAUUUCUUCAGUAAAGCUUCCUAUACUCCAAUCCCAAGUCAUGGACCCUCAUGAGCACCUUUGUUCAUCAUGAUUUUGACCUGCUUAGAGAAAUCUAGAGAAGAAUCUAACCUUUGCUACUAUUCUACUCUACUGAGCAUCAGAGUAACUUGUAGUAUUAUUGUAAUUGACUAAUUAUUCAAGGGAGCAAAACAGAUAUAAAAGUACAUUUUAUAGGUGUGUAAUAAUUAUAUCCAUCUAUUAAAAAUUAAAAAAAUAUAUAUCUUCCUGUUGGGAUACAGUAAUUAACUUAAAUGUCUUUCCACAGACUGCAACUUCCUACUAGAGCAGUACUACACCACUUUAAUCCAUGUUUUCUGAGCAUCAUCACAUCUGCUUGUCCUAAGCAGUUCUUAAUUACUGAAUUAAUUUAUUCCUAGCAAAUAAAAGGCAUUAAAAAUGCCAAAAUAAUCAUAAUUUGGAUGAAUGCUAAUUAGAGACCAAAUGAACAUGAACAUUUUUAACUCAGCAGAACAGUCAAGAGGCUACCCUUAUAGGAAGAGAUGUUAUGGAGUCUUCUUCCUUGGAGAUCUUCAAAAGCCAUACGGGUGUGAUCCUGGGCACCCAGAUCUGGGUGUCCCUUGUUGAGCAGUGGGGUUGGACUAGAUAGGAUGGACCCAGAGGUCCCUGCCAACCUUCACUUUUCUGUGGUUCUCUGAUACAGAAAUCAUGAGAAUACUGACACUAGCUGGGGCUAGCCACCUUAGUAAUAUUUGUGUAGUGUGAAAAGUACUCGAAAGCUCUCUGGAAAUGCUUAAGUAACUGUAUUAAACAUUCAGAGUCUGUAUGACUCCCUUUUCUUUGUCUUCAUCCUCCUUGCUAAGGAGACUGUCUAAUUUUUGCACACCUAUUUCCUCUAAUGAGGAAAUUUAACAUCUUUUAGAUUCUCUGUCCAGAGAGAAUCUGUAUUCCUGAACAGUUUCUGACAAGGACAGUCUCCUCUCUCUGACAAGCUUUUAAAAGAUUCCUAGCAUGCUUUUGAUCUAGCUUUUAUGAAAAGACAGCUUUACUCUUGCUGUACAUAACAAAUCCUGAGUGCUGCCAUUUUGAAAAGUAUAUUUGCAUUUGCUGAAAACGUAUUGUGUACUUUUUCCUCUUUGCCAGGUUCUAUAUGCAUGCAGAUAACUAAUAAUCUACUAUUUGUUAUCACAGUAGCUUUUCUGACCAACCUAGUCUUGAUAAUCUCUGAACAGCCAUGGAAACUGGAGGAGGUGCCUGUGGAAUGGAAGAAAAGCAAAUACCACUCCCACUUUGAAGAAGGGCAAGAAGAACUAACUGUGGUAUUAGAGGCCAGUCAGUCACACCUCAAUCUCUGGGCACGUGAUGAAGCAUAUAGUCAUUCAAAUGUUAUUAAAGACAUGAAGGUGACUGGGAGAAGUCAGUAUGGAUUUAUGAUAUAAGGGUGCAUAAACAUGCACCCUUAGGUGCACAUCCAAGAAAACCAUUUGAGAAUAAUGCUUCUUUCAAUUACGCCAUGCUUUUAGCAUGUUCAUUUCUUCUAUGUUUGAAGAAAAACAAACAUACUGACAACUUUAUAGAGUACCACUAGUAUAUAAGUAGAUUGUAGGUGACACAAAUAUUUCCUUUAUUUUAAGAGCUGUUAUACCAAGCUCUUGGGCAAUAUUCUAAUUAUAAUUUUUAAAAGGAUGAGGAAUAGGUUUAUUGAUAGCAAGUAGUAACUGUUUCACUUCCCACAGUGGCUACCUUUCUUCUAUGAAAAGUUUUUAAUGCAUAACUUAGAAUCUAAGUUAAAUGACUCAUCCAUCAAAUUCCCCAAUCUAUUAGCAAUGCAAAUAGGGAAGAACCCAACCAUUUCACUUAAAAGAGGACAAAAUUAGUUAAAAUUAAUGAAAAGGUUUUCUCGCCUAUUUCAAUGUUAUAGACUCAAGCUUUAAAAAUAAACUAUAAAACAAAUAAGGAAAGAAACUAAAACCACAUUUUUUAAGUUACAGAGCUUUGCAAGUUUUGUAACAUCUCUAAAACAUUUUCCAUUACUGUAUGGGAACUGUUAGGUCACAGAUUGAGCACCUGGGGAAGGAGCAUAGCCAGCCUUGGGAGCACAGGUGUAAGCAAUUCACCUGUGAGACUGGAAGGAGUAGACCCUGGGUCCACACCUCCCUAACCUUAUUUAAGGGCUGGCAGCCAAAGGGGAAGUAUCUCUACUUGGAGAUUGUCUCUUUUGGAAGUUUCUCAGCAGGCCCUUAUCCUUGGAAAAAGGAAAGUGAUGUCAUCUUAAGUCAUAACCGGACUCCUAUUACCAGACGGGACAGUGACAAAUGUAGUGCUGGAAAAGGUAAGUUAACGAAUUCAACUCCCUACUGAGUUGAAAAUAAGUGUGUUGGGAAAAUGAUUAACUGCAGGCAUUUUUUGCCAUGCCAUGGUCAUAUUUUGGUCCAUGAAGGAAGAACUCUGUGCCAUGUACAAUCCUGCUGCCUUUCAAAGGAUUACAGGUAUUCAAAGAGAGUUGGUUGAAAGUACAGAAAAAGGUUCAGAAAGUCCCUUUUUUUACUAAGGGAGGAAAAGCCCUUUCAAAUAUAUUUAUCUGUCUUACCCGUUAAUGAUUUCUUAGGAAAUGGUUGUAGGAGAUCUCCUUGUGGAGAUGACUGUCACCUCUGAUCAGCUUUAAAGUGAGUGGAUGGUUGGCUUGUUUGUUUGUUUGCUUGUUUUCAGAAGAGUAAUAUAGGUUCAGAUAAAAAAAAAAAGUCUAGAAUUCUAGACAGCCUCACAAGUAUAUUAUAGAAUUAUAUCAUAGAAUGUCUUGGGUUGGAAGGGACCUCAAGGAUCAUCAAGCUCCAACCCCCCUACUGCAGGCAGGGCCACCAACCUCCAUAUCUACUACUAGACCAGGCUGCCCAGGGCCCCAUCCAACCUGGCCUUGAAUACCUCCAGGGACGGGGCAUCCACAACCCCUCUGGGCAGCCCGUUCCAGCACCUCACUGCUCUCCUGGUAAACGGAUCCACUGCUAAGCAUGCAGCGUGAAUAGACUGACUUUAUAUGGUAUAUAUUGAAAUGGAAUAAAUUAUAAAAGCUGUUUACGAUAAAGCUUCACAUGUAUUUGUUUCCUUUUCCCAGAAUUAAAAAUGGAAACAAAAAUGUAGUAGUUGAAUUAGCUGUUAAGCCCCAUUUGAAAGCAUUCCUUCUACAAAAUAACCAGUCUAAUCAUAACCUUGGAUAUAUUUAUAUUGCAUAUUUGAACUGCCACUGUUUAAAAAAAAAAAAAAACACAACAAAAAACCCCCACCAACCUUCACCUGCUUAGAGAACUUUUGUUUCUAAUUUAGCAAGUCCUCCACGUCUAUCAUUAACUAAACAUAUCUUUCAUUAAGGCUUUGUUUGUCAGACAGCUGCAAUAUUCCCAGAUUUCAGCUGAAUACUCUGAAAAGACUGAGAAAUGCAUGCAUUACUUUCUAGUUUAGUCUAUUAAUGCUGACACCAUACUUACAUUACAGAAUGGACCAAAAUAAAAGUGACUACUAAUGUAUUAUGUGUGAUCCUUAGAUUCUUAGUUUAGAUCCCUUCGAGUUUAUGUGAAGUUUGACAGAGUUAUUUUAAAGAGGAAUUAAAAUAGAUAUUAAGUAAUUAACUGACAUAGGAUUACAAUUUACUUACGUUCUUUUCUUUGAGUAGUAGGGUUUUCCUCUUUUUUUGUGAGCAUGAGAUAUUUAACUGGAAAAGAAAGCAUAUAGGGUAAAUUCACAUCAGAAAACACUUAAUCACAGUUGGCACACAAUCUUUCUGUAGGGAAUCUGCCAUUUUCAAGUUCUGCAAAAUAGGAAAAUGUAAACCAGAUUUAUUCUUUGGUGUAGAAGAAAUUGUUUUAUCUUAAUUCUUUAAGGUACCUACUGAUGGAUCGCCUCCUUUUAGAAAGGCUGAAAUAACAUGGCUGAGACCGAGCACACAAACUGGAUAGUUAUAGAACAAAAAGCCUCCUUAAUAAGAUGGAGAUAAGCUGAGUAAAAGUAUGAAGGUGAAGGUGCAUUUUUGCUAAGGAGUAGAAAAAGCCAUCUGGUCACUAAAAGAUGAGGGUAUUUGGGUUAAAAGAUGGAAAAAAAUUGAAUGCUACUGAAAAGUUAUCUCCAGUUACAUCAGCACUGUCCUCCUUUGCUGGUGAAACUCGAGCCAGGAAUUCAGUGAGUUGGGACAUGGGUCUUUACCAGCUUUUGAGAUACAUACAUGCAAUUCUGACCUUAAAAAAAAAAGGAAACAAUGGGAUAUUCUACACUCUAGCAAAAUGCAUGUUACCAAAUGUAUCACAUAAGGAAAGCUGUCAGGCUCAAAGGCAUCACAUACUUUCCCCAAACGCAGUUGAAGGAAAAAAAAUCAUACAUGGAAACUUGAGAAUGGACUGAGGGUAAGUUCAGAAACCAGAAGAUGAAAAGAUAAAGCACACAGCACGGAUGCAGACAUCAAGGGAAACGUGCCUCGGGAAGCACUGCAACCAGGAUGUGUUUUAUGGAACCACCAUCACAGGCAUAAUGAUCAUCAAUUUACGUGUGAAAUCAUGGUGAAGGUGUGUAAGACGAUUCCCUGAGAUGACAGUGCAACAUCCGAGCUUGUCAACGUUUCGUUCCAUUUGAGCCUCCACCCAUCUCCCAGCCACCAGGACCGACCCAUCCACCGCCUCCCAGGAAAGGGCCGCUCCGAGGAGACCCCGCAGCAGCGCUGCCCGCGGCACCGCUCACCCAGAGGAGGCGAAGCCCGGAGCGGUACCCACUGGGCGGCCCCUCUGCUGCCCCCUGGUCGUGAUCUCUCCGUGCCCAGCUCCACGCGGCCCCACUGCUCACCCGCUCAGCGCUCCGAUGUCACAGCCAUUGCAACACCGCGCCCGGAGCGCCGUCCUUUGCUCCGGGUGGGGAACGCGCUACGCGGAACCAUCGUUCCUCACCUCCAGUUCCCCCCUAACAAUCAGCGUUCGUCCCCUGCCCCCACGAAGCGCCCACAUCGAAAGGAACCCUCGGGAACACCCAGGGAGCCGCAAGCCGAGCUCAGCCCCUCCAGCGCGCUAUCCCGGCAGGAGUUGGGGGGGAUGAUGUGUGGCGGUGCUGGUUUCCACACGGCGCCAUUUUACAGAGGGGCUGUCGCAGCGGAGCGACUUCCGGCGCCUCUCAGAUCAUCAUUUGGAGGAUUCCAGCACGAGAUUUCUGAAGUCUGCUGUAUCCAGCCAUAAUGAGUUCCUCACUGGUUGCUUAUGAUGAUUCAGAGCCUGAGGCAGAAACUGAAAAAGCUGACAAUCUCGGUACUAGCAGACAAGCAAGCCUUCCGAGUUCUUCUGCAAAUCCUGUUCAGCACUUUGCACCUGGUAUUUUGAGUACAAAAUCUACAUAUGAAACACAGCUUACUGAGAACACUGACAAUUUUGGCAUGAGCGUUGUUUGUGAAGAUCCCUCUGAGCAUUAUGCAGGGAAUAACAACAGUGAUUUGACAUCUUAUUGUAGGAGAGCGUACUCUAGUCCUACUGCAUUACGUGUGCCCUACAAAAACUAUGAACAGACAUUGAGCUCUUCAAAAAACUCUGGAAAUGGUGCUUCCCAGAAGAGAACACAUAAAGAUAGCUCAACUGCCCCAAAAGGAAUUAGACCGUAUAUCCCUAAAAGGUUGCGUCAAGAAAAUACCAGUACCUGUGAAAGAAAAGAGUCUGAUCAAAGUGAGAGCGCCAGUUGUGAUGUGAAGCUAGAUAUACCAGCAGAGCAGACAGUGAGAAAGAUAUCUGAAUUAAUUAAGCCAUACUUAGGAUCCAGAUAUAAAUUAACUGAAGUUCCAAAAAGCUUAAUAUUUCAUAUGUCUAAACACAACGGCCCUGUUAAUGCAAUCCAGUGGUGUACUGUACGAGAACAAAGUCAUAUGCUUCUCUCAGCUUCUAUGGAUAAAACAAUAAAGGUAAUGUAAAACAAGAUGUUUGUUGGACUUAUCAGCAGGCUUAAAAAUACUGUAUUAAAUAAUUUUAUGGGAAUAACAUGUUUGCUCGUGUGUUUGGCAGGGAUAAUGUGUUCAGAUUCACAGGAGAUGCUUUUCAAUACCAGGCAUAAGUGACUACUGCUGCAGGUGCUUUCCUGGGUCUUAUGCAUCUGUGUCCUAUCAUGGUCUAGGAGUCUUUUCACUCAAAAUUUCUUUCAUUUUUAAAUACUCAAUAGGUAGGGUAUUUUCCUUCUAACUUUAAUGACUUUGAUUUCAGUUCUUGGUUCACUUAGUCAAUGCAGUAAGUCUUACUUUUCUCUUCAUAAUCAUAGAAUGUCCUGAGUUGGAAUGGAUCCUUCUGGCUCCACAAAGGACCACCUGAAGUCCUAACCCUGUGUCUGAGAGCAUUGUCCAAAUGCUUCUUGAACUCUGGCAGCUCAGGACAUGACCGUGGCCCCAGCAGAGUCUGUUCUGUGCUCACCACCCUCUGAUGAAGAACCUUUUCCUAACACCCAACCUGACCCUCCUCUCUUGCAGCUCUAUGCCACUCUCUAAAUUUUUUUUCUCAAAUUCAGGGGCUUUAAAUAAAUCUUAAUAAGUAAAGAGAGAGAAAUAUGCUUUUGUAUCAGCAUAUUUCUAAAAUGAGAGGAAUUAACUGUAACAUUUAUUUUGAAUUCUGAUUUCAUGUUAGAAUGCGUUUCCUUCCACCCCUCUCCACAAAAUUCUCACUAAAAUUGAGUUUUCUUUGCUUUUUUGCUGUUUUAUUUGUGGUAGAUAAUUAAGUGUCAUUUAGUUUGACUUUUUAAAAUAUAUAUAUGGUGUGUGUGUAUAUAUAUAUAUAAUAUAUAUAUAUAAGGAUUGUUUUCUUUCUCCUUCCUGUGAUUUUGCCAUGGGGGUAUGUGAAGUAGGUGCUGAUCUCACGUCUUUGAAGCAGUGGUGUUCUUCAGACUCAGACACAGUUCUAGAUUUUUCUCCUCAAUGUCUACUAAAGCAUUGCUUUUCACAGAAAAGGAAAAGAACUGGUCCUUUAACAUGAAUAAAGCUUCCACCUCUCAAUUGCUUCACUUCUAUUUUCUUAAUUUCACUUUUUGCCACCACAACCAGUUAAACUAUCAAAGCUUGUAUACUUCGAGCACUUUUGUGCAUCUUCUCCAUAGAGGCAAAAUAGGAAAAAUAAAGGUAUUUUUUCUUCUAACAAGUCUUGCUUAGAGUACUGAAUAAGUUAAAUCUUGUUUGCUGUCUGACGAACAGCCUUAAAAGGAAAACACUAAGAUAUACAAAAAGUGCUGAUGGUUUUUCUUGGUAAGCAGCAAUGUAUUGUUGUGUUGUACAAAAUUGUAUCUGCCUUUGAUUUAUGUACGUCUCAAUUUGCCUUUGUCUUAAACUGUCCUACCACUUAUUUAAUGCUUGUUUACUGCCCCAAAGCCUCAUUUCAGUGAUGAGUGAAUGUAAUUGUGGAUGUACUAAACUUGGUAAAAUAAUCUAAAAAAAAGGUUGUCAUCGCUAUGUAAUAUUAUUAAAAAUAUGAAUAAUAGCAUGUCAGUUUUCUUCUAAGUAGGCAGAAGGGUUGGUGCUACCAACCUUGGCUGGAAGCAGUAUUUAACAGUAAAGCUGGGAGUCAAAGGAACGGAUUUGCUGUAGGUACCCUGAACCAUGGGAAUCCAGUGUACAUGGAUUGUGCUAAUAUUGGCAACGCUUCAGCCUAUAGGAGUGUAGAACAUUACUUAAGUGACAGUGUAGCUACUACGAAGCCUUUUAAAAUGCAUCUCAGUAUUUUGAAAGGUGGUCUGUAGAGGAACGUCAGGAAAUGGUUUUGAUUGUUGUUUUUUUUUUUCUUAAUGAAAUCGAAGACUGAUGAUGGUAUGAGCAGUAGCGUCUUUACCUUUCAAGCCAGUAGAGGGCACAGUUAGAUCAAGCAUUGUCCUGAUGUUACGAAGCCAAUUUCUCUAACUUUCUAGGGUCAUGAGCCCACCAAUCUCUAAUGACUACAACAGCAAUAAUUUAUCUUCUGGGAAUUUUUUGGCUCUCUACCACUGCCUGGAGUUGUCUAUUUACCGGUGUAAGCAUAAAACAAACAAUUGAAAGCAGAUGUAAAUGUACCUUUUUUUUUCUUUCCCAGUCCUGUACCUUCCUUCAGCUUUUCCUUUACUGUUUUCUUCCAAAAACACCUGCUUAGAAUUUAUAGUUUAAAUCCAGGCAACAGAAGCUUGUUCCUCUUUCAUUUUAAUGGGAAUAUUCAUGUAACAGACAUUCAGGAUGUCUACAGUAUUUACUUUGAGCAUCUGAUUUGGACAAGACUCAAAACACAGUUAGAAGCUUAAAAUCUCUGUAUAAUCCAGAGCCACAAAACUAUGCACUUUCAAUUAAUCAUGAAUAAUUGCAAAUGAAUAUUUUUAUGUAAAUUUCUUUGAUUCAGUCCUUCAAUCUAUGCAGCAAGAUAUGUAUUGUUUGAAGAUAUCACUCCAGUAUCGGUGGAGGUUUCUCGGAGCUGAGAGUUGUGUCCUGCAGAUCAAACUGCUAUUCAUGUUUUAGUUUUGAUUAAAUCAGAAGAUCUGCAGCCAUUUGCAUUUUUUUGUUUUACUUAGCCAAACUAUUAUGCAUCUUUUUUGUUCUUCUGUGUUUAAAUGUUCUCCUCUUAAAUGUUUCAUCACAAACAGAUUUUCCCUUUUUGGGAAAGGAUUUUUUUUUUUUUUUUCCCAUGGAGAAAAAAGGAAUACUUGGAAUUAGUUACCUUAAAUUAGAAAUCUCAGUCUCUUUAUUCCUAUCUAAACUACUAUAAAGAAAUCAUCAUUGUAUGUUUUAUAUUCCAUACCACACAAGAAUAUAUCUGAAAUUGGGGAAGAUAAAUUGUCUUAUUGUGUUCUCCCGCUUUAACCAGUGUGCACUUUACCAUCUUCUUUAUGAAUCACUUUAAAUCACAGUACAAUGUUUGUGAAAAUUGAGCUGAUGUUGUCAGUCUCUGUUGCUUGUAGAAAAUAAGCUAGUGUUGGGAAAGAUAAUCUGAAUCAGCAUGUAUAAAUUCUUUAGUAUUUAGGAAGAAAUGCACAUUUUCAAAGGCUUCUAUAGUCUUUCAUUAAAAGUAUUUUUAAUUAAGGACUUGUGUGUGUGUGUGUGUUUGUCUGUGGAUGUAUUUAAAAACAAACAAAACAGUUAACUGGUGUUGUUGGAAAAAGUCAAGUAUCAAUUCUGGGGUGUAAUACUACUGAGAAACACUUCUACCAGCAGAUGGGGCUCUGUAGCAUCUUAGAGAGGGAUGGUAACUGAAUUAUUCUUUUCAUGAAUCAUAUAUUAGUAUUAAAUUACUAUUUCCUUCCAUUUUGUGUGUUGAAAGACAUUAAAUCUAAAGUUUAUGGCUGUGUUGCAAACCAUGUAAGAAAACUUCAGGGGAACUUGAAAAUAAGACAGAACUUUAUGUGGGAAGCUUUAUGUAUUGUAGAUUAAUUACCCGAAGUUUGUCUUUCAGCUUGGAAGACUUUGUAGCAGUAUGGAUUGAAGGAGGAGGUGUUUAAAAAAACAAUCAAUCAAACAAACAGAACACCUUGAAUUUUGACCUUGGCAAUAGUCUUUUGCCCUCAAUUUUCUUUGAAUUUUGAGCUUCCUUUCUAUUGAGGAAGCGAUUGCCAACUAGGUGCUCGUAACAUAGGCAACAAGCAAAAGAGGCAGGAAACCUGAUUCAAAUUAGGGAAAGUGCUAUUUGCAGCUCUUAGUGUGGCAGUGCUCUUCUCUAAUGCAUUUUAACUGUAUUUUCAAUGGCUUACAUUUCUAGUUUAAGUACCUAUUUAAGGUUUCUGAAUGGGCUUAUCUCAAUCUUAGUUUAAACUGAUUCCAAUCUGUUUUCAUGGGAUAACACUUUUUCCUCUAUACCUUCUGUUUCAUUAGCUGCUGUAACUGAAUUUUAGAAUGCUCCUGCCACUUUUGGUUUUGUGCUUUUAAACACAGAAAUAGUGAUUGUGAUUUUAAUAUUGGCUAAUAAAUUUUGUAUAGAUUUUGAGACUGAACACAUCUAUCAGAGGUACCUAAUUUUUAUAGUGUGACAGUACCUUCUGGAAACCAGACCUUGUUUCUGCUUUAGAAGCCUACAUAUGGAAUUCUGCAUCCUGUGUAAUCAUUGAAUAUUUGUCUUAAGUAGCCGAGUAGAUAAAAAGUUGCAUCUUGAAAGGCAUGUUUACCAAUUUACUGUGUUCAUCUUGUUAUAUCUCUUAUUUGGAAAACCAAAUAAUUGCAAUAAUGCUCCAGAGAUGUAAAUGUUUUUAGUAGUUAUUGGUGCUGGUCUGUUUUUUGAUAAUUGUUCAUAAAAAGAAUAAUAGUGUGGAUGGCUUUUUGUAUGUUUGUUUGUUUGUUUUAAUAUUUUAAAAGAUACCAUCAAUACAAUUAUGUUUGUAUGAACUUCUAA